CUUCCGACGAGGUCUGAGGCGCCGGGGACAUCGAGGAGGAGGAGGCGGCGCCCACCCUCGUCCACAUGGGCAACACGUGCGUCGGCCCAACCCUCGGUCGCCACAGCUUCUUCCAGUCCGUCUCCGCUGCCGUCCUCUGGCGGCCCCGCUCCUCCUCCGCCGCCGCCGCCGCCAGCGACGAAUCCCCCUCCGCAGCUCCGGCCCCCGAUCGCCCACCGGAACCCGUCACCAUCUCCUCCGACGACCUCAAGAGCUCCGGUUCCCCUCCCCCUGCCGACGAAUACCCACCGCAGUCGCCUCCCAGGCACCUCAAGCGGCUGCCUAGCGCCGGGGCCGUGCUUCCCCGCAAGACCGACAACCUCAAGGACCUCUAUACCCUAGGGCGCAAGCUGGGGCAGGGGCAGUUCGGCACCACCCACCUCUGUGUUGAGAAAGCCACCGGCAAGCGGUUCGCCUGCAAGUCCAUUGCCAAGCGGAAGCUCGCCACCUACGAGGACGUCGAGGAUGUGCGGCGGGAGAUCCAGAUCAUGCACCAUCUCUCCGGCCACCCCAACGUGAUAUCUAUCAUUGGCACCUUCGAGGACUCCGUCGCCGUGCACCUCGUCAUGGAUCUCUGCGCCGGCGGGGAGCUCUUCGACCGGAUCAUAAAGAGGGGGCACUUCUCGGAGAAGGCUGCGGCGGGGCUUGCCAGAGUCAUCGUCGGGGUAGUGGAGGCGUGCCAUUCUAUGGGGGUCAUGCAUCGGGAUCUCAAGCCGGAGAACUUCCUCUUUGUGAACCGGAACGAAGACUCACCACUCAAGACUAUCGAUUUCGGGCUGUCGGUAUUCUUCAAGCCAGGGGAAACAUUUACAGAUGUUGUUGGGAGUCCAUAUUAUGUUGCCCCAGAAGUGUUGUUGAAGUAUUAUGGCCCUGAGGCAGAUGUUUGGAGUGUCGGAGUAAUCAUUUAUAUCAUAUUGAGUGGGGUCCCACCAUUCUGGGAUGAAACAGAGCAAGGAAUAUUUGAGCAAGUUUUAGGAGGUGAACUAGAUUUUUCAUCAGACCCCUGGCCUAGUAUAUCAGAAAGUGCUAAAGAUUUGGUUAGGAGAAUGCUUGUCAGAGAUCCAAAACAACGAUUGACUGCUCACGAAGCUCUCUGCCAUCCUUGGGUAUGUGUUGAUGGUGUAGCUCCUGACAAGCCUCUGGAUUCAGCUGUGUUAACUCGCUUAAAACAAUUUUCUGCAAUGAACAAACUAAAAAAGAUGGCCAUCAGGGUCAUUGCUGAGAGCCUGUCCGAGGAAGAAAUUGCAGGCUUGAAAGAAAUGUUUAAGAUGAUUGAUGCAGAUAAUAGUGGUCAAAUCACAUACGAGGAGCUCAAAGUAGGCUUAAAAAAAGUUGGUGCCAAUCUUAAAGAAUCUGAAAUUUCAGCUCUAAUGGCAGCUGCUGAUAUUGACAACAGUGGCACUAUUGAUUAUGGGGAGUUCAUAGCCGCAACCUUGCAUCUAAAUAAAAUAGAGAGGGAGGACAAUCUCUUUUCAGCAUUUUCAUAUUUUGACAAAGAUGGUAGUGGCUACAUUACGCAAGAUGAGCUACAAAAAGCUUGUGAUGAAUUUGGCAUUGAAGAUGUCCGUAUAGAAGAAAUAAUUCAAGAAAUCGAUCAGGAUAAUGAUGGAAGGAUAGACUAUAAUGAAUUUGCCACAAUGAUGCAUAAAGGAAAUGCUGCUUUCGGGAAGAAGGGCCAGCGAAAUAAUUACAGCUUUGGUCUUAGGGAGGCAUUGAGAGUUGGUUAAUGGUGAUCAGGAUUUAUGUAGGAUCAAUAUGUACAGUCUUACUGUUAUAUAAUCAAAGGCUGAUUAUGUCAUUCAUAUCAUGAUCACCUCGAUCUCAAAGGAGCAACCUCAUCAUGGAGUGAAGAGGCCUCGUCCGAUGGUAUUCACGUGUAGUAUGGUUUCUUUCUUUUUGUUUAUUGUUCCUAUUUAGGUGUAUAUGACUGUAUAUGAUUUCCUUUGACAAAUUAUACCUCUUAGCAAGAUGAGGGUUUUAGAAUUGGAGUGAUGCCGCAUGCAUCUUAGAAUUUAGGAGUUCAAGCAACACAGCAUGCCAGGCUUGGAGUACUGAUCAGAGCCUGAAACAGAAUGUAUACUCUUGUCAAUUAUUCAAGUGAUAGUUCAGCUAUAUGCAACAAAAUCUUUUACAGCUUUUCUUGUCA